AUGGGAAAUCAACAAGGGUAUAUUAAGAAUCAUAACUCUAGGUCAGGGAGUCUUGGUACUUGGAAUCACGUUAAUUCUUCAUUUACAUUAACUGUAACUGAUGCUAAUAAUGAAAAAGAAAAAGAAACAAUUAUUGUUCCUAAGCCAAAAAAGAUGAACCGAAGAUCAGUAAUUCCUUCAAUAAAAUGUUUAUAUAGUCCAAAUGAAAAAAGAUGCUCAAAAACAGGAAUUGCACUUGAUUAUUUUGAAUCUAAUUCUACUUCUCCACUUGAAGAAUUAGAAAGUCCAUCAUUAACACCAAAAUGUAAGAGAUCUUAUUCAGUCAGUAGUAAUGGUGGACGUACUCCAAGAACUAAUAAAAAAUCAUUUUGUUCCACGGGGGUAUUUUCUCAUAGGUCAAUAACUCCAAAAAUAACAAAAAUGCUUACACCUAAACAUUCUCCAAGAUAUGAACAAGAAGAGACUGAAGAAGAAUAUUUAAGUGAAAGGUUUGAACCAGUUUCUCCAGCAGUAGAAAUGGUUUCUAAUAUUAUUGAUAUUAAAACAUAUGACAUAUUAUUUGAUAGUCGGUUUGAUCCUCUUGAUAAUCGUACUUUUAACUCUAAAAUUAUUGGGCAUAGUAAAAUUUUAGUUAUUAUAGCUACUAAUGAUUUUGAUAUUUUUGGAAUUUAUAAUGAAGAAGUAAUUCCUCCAUUUAAAAAGAAAGGAAAUAUUAACCUCGAAACAACCGAAAAAUUUUUCCUAUUUACUUAUAACAAUAAUACUCAACAAAUAAUUCACAGAAAAAAAAAUAAUACGAAAUCUUUAACAUUAUAUUAUGAAAAUAACUCUCCAUUUAUUUUAACUGUAUUCUCUGCUUUUUGGAUUCUUUCAGAUGGCACUUGUAGUAUUCAUCAAGGAUUUAAAAAUAAUUAUGCAUGUACUCCAUGUAUUAAUCCAUUCUCUUCACAACAAACAUCUAGGAAAAUUAAUGCUCAAUUCAUCUUCGUAAUAGAAUGUCAUUAA